AUGGUGGUGAAACGUCAAUCGUUAACCAAAAAAAAAACUUUUGACUUUUCCUUUGCUUUGUGUCGUCGCCAUUUUGCAUUGCUUAAACGUUUUGCGUCGCUACACUUUUGUAGAUAAUAAAACUUGAUUUUAAAAUCAAUAAAACUGUGAUAAUUAGGAAUUAAAGUAGUUUCGUGUAGAAUAAUAUAGUUUGUAGCGUUUUGUAAAUUUGUGUAUAUUAUUGUAGUGUGAUAAUGGGCAGGAAGAAGAAGAAGGCAUCUAAACCGUGGUGCUGGUAUUGCAAUAGAGAAUUUGACGACGAAAAGAUUCUGAUUCAGCAUCAAAAAGCGAAGCAUUUCAAGUGUCACAUUUGCCACAAGAAAUUGUACACGGGCCCCGGACUGUCAAUACACUGCAUGCAGGUUCACAAAGAAGCCAUAGACAAAGUUCCAAAUUCGUUACCAAAUAGGUCAAAUAUAGAAAUAGAAAUAUAUGGCAUGGAAGGUAUACCCCCUGAAGAUGUGAAGGAGCAUGAGAAACAAAAGACAGGUGGGGGGAAAGGUUCAGACAGUGAUGACGAUGAACCAGCGGCUAAGAAAAAAGCUACUCCUGCAUUGCUUGGUCCCGGGCCAUCGACCGUGUCUCCAGGCAUCCUGCCCACGCCCAUGGGACCUGUCCCGCCCGGCAUGUACCCUGGACACAUGCAGAUGAACCCCAUGAUGCAGCACUUUAUGCAGCAGGCACCUAGAAUGAUGAUGCCUGGCAUGAGGCCCCUGUUCCCCGCUGCGAGUGUAGCUACCUCGACGCCCAGCAAACCAACCUUCCCUGCUUAUAGCAAUGCGACAAUAAGCGCGCCGCCGACGACGUCAUCCGCGUCAUCAUCAGACCCCAAAGAGAAUGGUGAAGUGAAGCCCCCCGCAGCCAACGCCUGCCCGCUCGUCACUGCCACCGGCGCGGGAUCCAAGAUCAUACACCCUCCAGAAGAUGUGUCAUUGGAGGAAAUAAGAGCGCGGAGCUCCAAGUACCGGGCGAAGCCGAAGCCCGACGCGCCCGCGCCUUCCCCCGCGCCCACCAUGGUUACGCCCAGCACCAGCCAGGCUGAGGUGAUGUACGCGCAGGUGGCGGCGCACAUGUCGGCCGCGGUGGCGGCGGCGCGCCAGCAGCAAGCGGCAGCGCAGGCGCAGGCGGCCAUGCGGCGACCCAUGCUGCCCAUGAUGCGCGUGGGCGUGCCCGUGUCGCCCGUCAUGGGCAUGCUGCCCGUCAUGCCGCAGUUCAACCUCGUGCGCCCGCUGCAGCCCGGGAUGCUGCUGCCGGGCGGGAUGAUGCCCAUGGGCAUGUUCCCCGGCGGGAUGGGCGGCAUGGGCGGGAUGGGCGGCGUGGGCGGCAUGGGCGGCAUGAUGAUGCAGCCGCGCUACCGGUAGCCUGCAGGUAAGCGCGGGGCCCGGGCCGGCAGUUCCCUGCGAGGCAGGCGAGGGCGCGCGCCGUCACAACGAGCGUUGUUGGAUUGGCGGCCCCCGCUCCGCGGCGACGGUGACGACGAGUUCGUGUAUAUUAUUACAUUUGCCUUGAAAUUUUUUCUUAAGCGUUCCACGUGAAAGUUGUGACGUUUGCCUAUUCUUUGUAGAAUUUUGACCGUUUUACUCAAUAAAUGCUCUCGACUUGAA